AUAGAAGCUCUCCAGAUCUAAAAGCACUGGGGCUCGGCGACUGCGGCGACUCCAGAUCUAGACGCACUCGGGCUCGGCGAUCGUGGCGAUUCCAGUCAAGGAUCUUCUGAAGUGAGAGCCGGAUCUGUUGUUGGAGCUGGAGAAAAAUUGCACACUCAGUAAAGACUAUUAAUUUGAAGAGGUCGAGUUAGUUUUGUUAGUGAUGACAGAGGGCUUUUACAACAAAUAAAACAUUCAAUCCCCAUCUAGAUUCUUGAACAAAAAAAAAAGGGAUUCAGUCAUGGUGUAAAUCAGGAAAAGUUUAAACAAGCACUUUUCUUUUUUUAUUUGCUUUAUUUCUGUGAUAGUUGUUGUAAAAGCCCCUCUGCCAUCAAUAACUAAAUCACCCUCUUCGAAUUUGGUCUUUAGAACUAAAUAUCUCAGUAGACUAUGGAGACUAACACUUGGGUAUUGGCCCCUUGACCGUUGACAUAGAUUGAAGCCCGGGGCAGGAAUGAGCUAAAGAUUGCUAUUUUCCAUCUUGUUGUGGGAUAUUGGGUUGUGAUAAGUGUUGAGAUUUGGGAUCUACAAGACGGGUGGUCUUCUCUAUUUGAAGAGAUGCUUGGAUAGUGUGCUAUAUUUCUUAAAGACUUUGAAUUUGCAGACUGAGUUGGUUCUUUGAAGGAUCUGACAGCCCACAGAAAUAUAAAUGACUGAGGUCUUCCCUUUGCUUCAUUUUCUGAUAGUUGUCUUUAGAUUCAUAGUCUUUGGGAAAUAUGGCACAGUAGAGCAUUUCUUACACAAAUUGGUAGGUGAUCGCAGUACACAGCUCAAUCUCAAACUCAAAGCAGGAGGAAUGCUACUUUUGUCUGUUCAAUGUUGCUUCCCAUUCAUCAUCACCAAACUUACCAUGCAAGGCCACCUUGGCUGUUUAAUAUCUAUGACAAUCUUUUAUGCGUUUCAACAUUUUUCAAACCAAAUUCUUUUGGAUUUGGAUCUCUUCAUUCUUUUCAGGUGUUUGUUUAGCAACAGCUGGAAGUACAUGGAAAUCGAAAACAAUUUGGUUCCAGUGUCUCCAUUGCUGUAGGUGUUACUUGCAUUUUUUCAAUUCUACAUGCCAACAGCUCGCUGAAGAGUCCUGCAUGCAAUAUCAUAAUGAUUUAUGAACCUCCACGGGUUAGAUGUUGAUUCAUGCUACUACGGGAUGACAAUCUGUUGAAAUCCUAAUCCAACUCUGCAUUGUGCAUCCCCAGUUUCACAAACUUCAAUGAUGCUGUCAUUCUAAGCUUUGGAUUGCUUGGAAGCCAUUUCUUGUUAAUCCUUAUGGAAAUGGUAGCUCUGGCACAAAAUUUUCCUCCGAGUGUAUGUUGUGGUGGCUUGCAUUUCUAAAAGGAGAUCUAGGCUUUGCUGACUUGCAGCAUAUGUGUUCUGGGUACUUGCAUUCCUAAGAAGAUACUUUGAUUUAGCUUGAAGGUUGACACAUGUACAAUUAUUAAACGUCUUCUCUUCACUGUGCUGUCAAUGCAUCACCUGAUAUGCUUGAAAUACAAUAAACUCCAGCAAGUAUUUAAAUCAUCAUUUGUUUUCCUGUUCCAUUUUGAAGAAUUUUAGUUGGGCUUUUUUUCCUUCUUACCAUUUUGAUAGUGUUAUAUAUCACGACGGCCCCCUACUACACGAGAAAGUCUGCUGUAUCCCCGGGAUACAGCAGACGUGGUAUCCCAACCCAAUGGGAAAACACCACAUCAGUUGUUUUUCGGGUUUGGGAUUGAUGAAGUCUGAAAAAAUUGUUGAUGUGGUGUUUUUCCAUUGGGUUGGGAUACCACGUUGCUGUAUCCCGGGGAUACAGCAGACUUU